AGGUUCAACCAACUACAUGCUCUACAAGCUCAGGUCAAAGUCAACAUAAUAAUGUCAGCAGACCUCAGCCAGUUUUAUUAACCUCAACAGCUGUCAGCAGGUUACCAGUACCUUGCUUUGGAAAGGUAGGGUUGUUAAAAGUUGGUGGUAAUUUAAUUGUUACAUUGCAUUAUUAUAGAUAGGCCUACAUAAUACUGAAUAUCACUGAAGAUAUUGGACUCCUAAGAGAACUUAUUAAAUGGAUGUUUUUAUCUUUACAGAGCUCAUUACUUAAAAACCAGGAAAAGCAAGCGAAUGUAGACAUUAAAAAAUUCACAGCACCUUCGUUUUUCCCCAAAUUUAACUUAUCACAAACAACACUGCAACCAAGGCAACCCUGUACUCCCCUGGCAAGGCAACCCUGUACUCCCCUGGCAAAGCCACCAUGCACUCCCCUGGUAAAGCCACCAUGCACAACACUCCCAAGACAACCAUAUACUCCUCUUCCAAGGCAGGAUGCUGGACAACUGAUUUCUAGCUGUAUAGACCAGACAAAAGCACCAAAUCUGCAGUAUGAAAUUGGACAGGUAAUAACUCAAAGAAACUAUACUUCAAUUAAAGCAGUCCCUUUUCUAUACUCUGUAACUCCUACCAAUUGUUUGACUACGUCUAGCCCCCCCAACUUUUUCCUUUUUUUUUAUACAAAUUUAAAAAAAAAUACUUCUCAUUUUUUUUAUUGAAUUGUAAAGAGAACUGCACCCUCUGGAAAAAGUGCCACCUUGCCCCUGAGCAUCCCAUGUUGGUUAACUCCUUGUUUGAGGGUUACAUGAUUUUCUAGUUCUCCAUUGUUGCUAAAAAUAAUAAGAAGAAUUUUAUCAUACUAAAUUUCAAGGCAAUUUCAUGUUAUACCGGUACAUUAAUUGUUUCUAUUUAUUAAUUUUUUUUUGUGGUAUUAUUUCAAUUUUUUAAAAUAAAUGUAAUUAUUGUUUCAUUUUAAUUUCUAACUAUUUUAGUUCAAAAAUAAAAAUUGGUCAUCAAUUUGAUUUAUUUCUGUGAUAUUUUUCAGCAUAAAACACCAGCACCUGGCACAGUACAACAUAGACAAAGUUUUCAGUCAUUUCUGCCUAGGUUUCCUAGUAAAGUACCACCACAGACAAACAAGACAACAUACUCAGCAAUCAAGGAGACACCAACAUCUUCAUCUACCAUUCAGGUAACAUUAUCUACUACAGGGGUCUCAAACUCAAAACAUCCGGGGGCCGCAGGAGGUAGAGUCUGAUUGAGACUGGGCCACAUCAAGUGUUCCACAAAAAAGCGAUUACAAAUUCAUUAAAGUACAACUGUUACAAUCUGCUCAACCUUUAUAAAUAACAAAUAAAAACAUUAAGGGUUCUCAACAACUAGGCUUCACUUUCUUCCUCCAACUUGUUUCCAGAGGCCUGGUAGCGCUUCUUCUUACACAGCAACUUUGGCUUGGAAGUAACUGAGUCCCUCAGUAUAGCUUUAAGAUGCUCAUCAGUAAGUUUGGUCAUGAAUUUUAACUUGUUAAAGUUCAUAGUGGAAAAGAGCUUUUAGAUAGGUGCUCCCAAAAAGUCAUAUGAUCCACUUGAACAACCUAGAAAUAAAAUCUCAGUGAAGGUGGUGGGCAAUGCUCUCAUAAAAUGUCCAUGCUUGUGUGUUUUUCCGUUCACCUCCCUCAACUUAGAAUUGCACUUUGCACUGAAGAUCCUCAGCUCCAUUUAAAGUACAAGAAUUUGGUUACGGGAGGUUGGGGCAUUCGUAAGUUUUAUUUAAAUUGCUAUGUACUGUGACGCCGCCAGUAAUGGGGGGGGGGGGGGGGGGGGGGGGGUUGGAAUCUUCCAAAUUAUAGAGAAAGGGUCAGCAAACAGCUGAAAAGUGGCUGUGUGUGUUUUGAAGUCUAAAAAAUGUGAUCAAAUUCUUCCUGUAGCUUUGCAAUUGCAUCAGUAUACAUACUACUAAGUUACUACUAAAUGGUGUGGCCGAGUUCAUGAGUACUUUAUAUUUUGGGAAAUGGCAGAGGUUUCUCUAAGAAGCAUAACACAAGAUUUGUGCAAAAUGCCUUGACACUGUCAUAGGCAACACUGACAAGCUACCCCUUGUAACGUCUUGUUGAGUACAUUCAGCUCCUGUGUAAUGUCAACAAGAAAAGCCAAGUCCAUGAGCCAUUUUGGAUCACUUAGUAUAGGAACAACAACCUCAUCCUUCUCCAUGAAGGCUUUGAAGGCUAAAACAGAAGGCAGGGGCAGGUAAUAUUUAUGAAUUAUUGAUGGGAAUGAAAAUGCUAUUGUAGGAAUAAUGAAUUUUGAUUUUUUAUCUUAGAAAAGGCCUUUUUGACUAACCCUACUUUGAAAUGACCAAGCUGAUAGGCUCGGAAUUUCCCUCACUCUUAAAACACAAGCGGUAAUUUUAAUAAGGAUUCUAUGAUACUGUGUCCGAUUUCUUCGAUUUACACAAUUAAGGUUGUGCAUUACCCACCAACUGACUUUUUAAAACAUUUCUCAAAAAAUGCUAUACAAUAAAAAUUUUAGUCCCAUUUUAAAACGGUUCUUACCAUCAUAAUCAACGUCAAAACCUAUACUAACAUAAUAAAAAUCAGAAUUAGACUAGUUGGUGAGAUUCGACUGAAACCGUUGCCGAGGGUCACACUAUAGAUAUGAGAAUGGGAAAAACGCGCGAGCCGCUGUCAUGUAGUGGGCCGCAAAAUAUCAUCUUGUGCGUCGCAAAUGGCCCGAAUGUUUGAGACCCCUGAUCUACCAGCUGGGGAAAUGCAACCACAAUACACAUGUAAAAUACACAUGUAACAUAUGGGAAGAGGUGCAUAAUAUAUAAUAAUAAAUCCAGAUGUGAUUCCAGGUAUCCACCAUUUAUCAUGCAUAAUAAUUCGUAGGGAACCUCCCUCCCAUCCCCAAAACACUUAUUUGCAAAGGGACGUAAUAAUCAUGAUACUGGCGCUCUACCUGAUUUUCAUUAGUUACGUCCCUGCUGACAAAAUCAACUCUGGAAUUAUAAUUAUAGAUUUAUCAAAUUCAAAACAUAGACAUAUCCUGGAUAGUGUCAAUAGCAUACAAAAAUAGUGUCAUUAAGGGACGCAAUGCAAUGUCUUAGGCAAUACACAUUGAGUUAAAAAAUGAGCUUGCACUUUCUUAGAUAAAAUUUUUUUAAAAUUCUUUAGCACAUACUAAAAAUUGCAAGUUAGUUUUUUUUUAAAAUUAGUUAUAGAUGGUUGUCUAGGGAAUGGUUAAAGUAAGCUGUGAGCCAGGAAAUUUUUCUUGGUGCUCUGAAAUCUCCAUACUGAGAUAUAAAAUUGUCUAAAAUCUUUUAAUUUUGGCUUUUGAUGCCAGAAUCAGAAAACAGAAACUAUUAAGAUUAUUAAUGGAUAUAAUAAAUUGUUUAAAUUCAAAAUCCCUGCAAUGCUUCAUUUGUAUUACAUAUUUUAAAAGUUAUAAGCAUCUCAUAUAAUUUGUGCAUUCUCAAAUAAUUUUCCUCCUAUAUUUCUGAUUUGUGAUUAACCAGAAUGUUAAUGUCUGCUCUUUUUUUGCCCCUGUCCUAGGCACAACAAUCUGUGAGGCUGGCACCAUCAAUGUCAUUGUCACAAAAGACAGGAGAUUCUUCUUCAAGAACUACACCAUCAGGUUUAUAUUACAUGCUCAUAUUGUGGUCACUCCUUCACAUAUAAGACAUUUAAAGUCCAAAACUAUCUCCAAAUGUGUAAAUAAUUAUAAUUUGACUCAAUAUGACAUAUGUGCAGUUUUAAAAAUAUGUCUUAAAAGACUUAGGGGCCUACACAGUGAAGACAUGUCACUAACUAUACUUGCCUUUGGGUCACACUUUUUUUUGCCACAAAUUUUGAUAAAAAUCGAGGGUGGCACCUAUUCACUCUAUAUCAAUUUAGCUCACUGUUAUUCAGUGUUGGGAGUAGUCAUUUACAUGAAAAGUCAUAGAAAUGUUUUCUCCAUUGCUCCAGCUCAAGGUGUGGGCAUUUUUUUUUUUUUAACCAAAAAAAUUUUUGUUGAAGAUCACAUAGUUAAUGUUUUCAGUUUUAAAGUUGUUAUGGAAAUAUUUUUGUAACACUUGCAACAAAUGUUGUUCGAAUUUACAUUAAAAGGGACUUUGUUUUUUCCAUUGCUUCAGCUCAAGGUGUGGGCAUUUUUUUUUUUUUAACCAAAAAAAUUUUUGUUGAAGAUCACAUAGUUAAUGUUUUCAGUUUUAAAGUUGUUAUGGAAAUAUUUUUGUAACACUUGCAACAAAUGUUUGUCGUAUUUACAUUAAAAGGGACCCUGUAACUCCCAAAACUAAAGGUAAUACCUAUCUGUGGGUCAACCGCAAAUACCCACUUUUGAAAACCACAAACUAAGGGUUUGACAUAUCCACUGGUGUGACCUAUCCACUGGUGUGACCUAUACACUGGUGCAACAUAUCCACUGGUGUGACCUAUCUACUGGUUCAACAUAUUCACUGGUGUGACCUAUCCACUGGUGCAACCUAUACAUUGGUGUGACCUAUACACUGGUGUGACAUAUCCACUGGUGCGAUCUAUAUGUGAGUAUAUAUGGAAACAUGCAUCAUUUAAAUCAAGACAGUGGUUUUCUGUGGGAAUCACAUGUAGGCAUUCCAUAUGCUAUUUAGUGAGAUAUGAUUCUAUAUUCUACACUAGUUUUACUUUAGUUAACGUUUGAAGAAAAAAAAUUGAAAAUCAUUUGUCAAAAUAAUAUCAUUAAUAUAAUAAAAUGUUUUGUGUACUCCAGUUUCAUUGCCCAUGAAGCAAGAUAGACCAAAUGGUGAACAAUCUAAACAAAAUCUGGAAAAUAAUUCCAAUAGCAGGAAUGUAAGAGAAGAUCCAUCAGAGUCAUUUAGAACACGUCACAAUAAUAUGGUACUUUAGUGUUUUAAUAAACAUACUUAUUAUGUCUCUUUGUGCUAACCUGUAUUUGAAUAAAAAUUUCUAUAAAAUAAUAUGUAGCCUACAAGUAAAAUUAAUGAGAACAUAUUUGAUAGAGUUUGCAGUGUAAUCCAAUUUUAGACAUUUAAUCCAAGUGUUAGAAUUUUAGCUUUGAUGUUCUUUAUUAAAAAAAUGUUUUUAAUGCAGGCUUGUAAUAUGGUAAUACUUUAAUCAAUACUUUUAGACUGAUAAUGGAGCAAAUAAAUUCAACUUUUUGGGAGAUUCGAUUUUACAAGAACCAAGCUAUCAAGAAAUGGAGCCCUUGUUCAAGCUCAAUAUUGGUAGUAAAGUUUUUUACAAAAAUCAAAUCAAAUAUUAAAUUAAAUCCAGUAGAACAAACAACUAUAUACCUUUAUUGACCUGAUACAAUUAGGACAUUUUAAGACAUUUUAAAAGUUUAUAGAGGCCUAGGCAACUUUACUUGUUUUCAGGCACUAUUGUUUUACCACAUGCACAAUGCUCAAAGAUGUCACUAGUAUGUCACCUUGGUGGUUUCCUGCAAUUUUGUCAUAAAAAUGUUGUUUCCAAAGACAAAUAUUUAUAUGACUUGAAUUGAAAAUAUUAUUACCAAUAAUAUUUAUGAAAAUGUAAUAAAAUUACAUUGAAGUGCUUCAUAAGAACCGAAAUAGAAAUUCUUUAAAUUAACUCAACACCAUUAAGCUAUAACGUUUAACAGAUGUCAUAAAAAUAAAUAAAUUGAACGGGGACAGGAAUAUUAUUUUUGCAGUCUUGGGUUUUAAUAACAGCUUUUAUACCAUAUCUUAAAAAUUCCCAAAAUGUAUUGCCAUGAAGUAUCAUGUUGUUUCUUAUUCAUUUUGUUAUGGUUGUCCUCAGUAGCCUUGACGGACUUUGAAAUAUUUACAUCACAAGGAUUAAGAAGAAGAUAAAGGCAACUCUUAGUAAAGCCACACAUCUUUUUUUUUUUAUCUUUCCAAAAAGCAAAACUUUAAACGGAACUAAUUAGAAAAGUCACUUGUAAGUCUUUAUUUCGUGGCAGUCUUUCCUCAGCAAGAGAAGUUAAUUUUCUUAUUUUGUCUACAUUAAUGAUGGAAUGUGAAAAUUGUCUGACUACAGAAUUUUUACUUGCAUGUAUGCCACACUUUUUUUUUUACCAAAAAAAAAUCCUUCACUUACUUUGAAAAUUACUUCUACGUUUUAUCAUUUUUCUAGGUCAUAAUUUCAUCCUAAAAUUUUUACUUGACAGAUAUCAACUCAGACCAAAGAAACCCAGGUGCCACAGGAGUCAGUAAUUCCCAGACUUCUGGCAAAUUUGGCAAAAAAUCUUCCCAGACUUCUCAGCAUUUUGAACUGGGAUCAUUUUUUGGUAACUUUGAUGCCAAUGAUUGUGAUGAUGAUGAUGAUGAUACAGACCGGUCGGCAUUAUACAAUCUCUUCAAGUUCAGU